AUUUUGUGUCUUGUGUAAUUGUUGAGUGAUUUGCUGCAAUGGAGAAUGCAUUCAACCCAACAAUGGAAGAAAAUACAUAUAAAACAUUUUACUAUCCCUUGUCUGAAGAUAGUCAGGAUUCAUUAAAAGUUCCUCAACUUAAAUCCUUGAAGAGGGCCAGCUCAAAUGAAAAUAUAGAUGCAUUAUUCGAAGUGAAAAAAACAAAACAAAAGAAAAUAUCAUCAUCAAUAUCCAGAGCACAGGAUAAUGGAAGUAUUUACAUUACAACUAAUGCAGAUGACGGAAGAAAUGCAUCACAUUUGGUUAAAAUAGAAAUCUAUGAUCUCAAUAAAAUAAAAAACACGCCUGCACAAGAACAAUGGAAAUACGCUGAUUAUAGAUUAAAAUAUUAUACAAUCGACAAUAAUGAAAGUUAUAAGGACAUUAAAAAGAUUUUAUACAAUGUUACGAAGAAAAUUUUAGAAACAGAAAAUUAUAAGAAAUAUAAUUUUAACAAUAAUCAACCUGUUCUACAAAGUGGAGGAGGUUUUAAGAGAAGAAGUGCAGUAUUACAAGACAGUGAAGACAAUGAUACAAGUACAAAGAGAGGAAGACAAGGGGAACCAUCCACAUCAUCGGGGCUCACCAGUGUGAACGAUGAAAUGGUGAACUGUUCUUUAUGUCAAAUCUUAAUACGGAAAAGAUAUUAUGCAAAUCAUCUUAGAAGUAACCUCCAUAAGAAUAACGUAAUGCAAUUACAUAGUACUUUAAAAAAUGUCACAGUACACGAAUCGGCUUUUGGUAAUAGAAUAAUCUCAUAUAAAAUAAAGAGUAAAUCCAACCAAUUACAAACAUUCGAAACACCAGAAAUGUUUUUGAAUUCUAUUAAAAAUGAAAUUAUUUCACUAUUUGAGGAAUCUGUUCGAUUGCUUACAAUUUUUAAAGUUAAUUUUAUUCUGCACGCUAAUUUUGUUCAAGAAACAAAAAAUAUUUCUAAUGAAUUUGAAUUUCAAACAUGUAGUUAUACUAUAAUGCAGGGUGAGGAUUUAAAUUUUUUCUUUUCGUCCUUAUGUGAUAUGUUGAUGACUAAAAUUAGCACAUUUGAGAAAAAAGAUAGUGGUUGGAGUCUUAAGAAAAUAAAUGCAUUAGACAUGAAUAUAAACAAAUUCAAUCCAUUACGUGGAAAAUCAUACAUUGAAUUACCUAAAGAAAUCAAAUUAAAAAAAAGUGUUAUAAAUGUACAAAACUCGGAUGAUUUAUGCUUUAAAUGGGCUUUGCUUUCUGCAUUAUAUCCAGUUACUAAGAACUCUCAGAGAGUUUCAUCUUACAGUAAAUAUUCAAAUAAAUUAAAUUUUGACGGAGUUACGUUUCCUGUUAAAAUGACAGAUAUACAAAAAGUAGAAAGGUUAAAUAAUUUAAGUGUAAAUGUUUUUGGUCUUGAAUACAAUUGUAAAAAGAAAGUACAUGAAUUAGUUGGUCCAUUGUAUUUAACAAAAUCACGGAAAAUUGUUCAUAUCAAUUUAUUAUUUAUUUCGCACGGAACAAUUAAUCAUUUUUGCUACAUUAAAAACCUAUCGCGUUUAGUAAGUGGUCAAAUUUCAAACCAUGAACAUGCAAUCUACAUCUGUGACGGUUGUCUUUUACACUUCUCAACAAAUGAUAAGUUAUCAGCCCAUCAAUUGAAUGAUUGUUGUCAUAUUAAAGUGGAAUUGCCUAGUACAGAAAAAACUUUAAAAGAUUGGUUUGGACAACCAAUUUCAAACAAUGUCUUAAAAUUUGAUAAAUUUAAUAAGAUGUUACAAAUACCAUUUGUUAUAUACGCGGAUUUUGAAGCUUUCCUUAAUCCAAUUCAGACAUGCUUUAACGAUCCAUCAAAACCUUAUACAACUAAUGUUCACAAACACGAAGUUUAUAGUUUUGGGUACUAUAUCAAAUGUUCAUAUGAUGAUAGUUUAUCAAAAUAUGAAACAUAUAGUGGUCCUCAUUGUACUCAUGUCUUUAUGAAUCAGUUGUAUAAAGAUUUAGAAGUGAUUUGCACAAAGAAUUCUUUUGUCAUAAGUCCAAAGCCUUUGACUUCCAAUGAUAAUGAAAUUAUUUCGCAAUGUAAAGACUGCUUUAUAUGUCAAUUUAAUUUAAAUGGUGAAUGUGCAUUAUACUUUGACUCGCAUACAGGACAUUUUAGAGGAGUUGCACACGAAGUAUGUAAGACAAAGUUUAGAAUCCCCUAUCACAUCCCAGUUUUUUUACACAAUCUUAGUCAAUAUGACUCUCAUUUUAUUGUUCAUGCAUUAAAUUCUAUUGAAGGGGAAAUUGAUAUUAUUCCACAAACGAAAGAAAAGUACAUUUCUUUCACAAAAACGAUAAAAUUUAAUAAUCAUAAAAUUCAAUUGAGAUUCGUUGAUUCGUUUAAAUUUUUGCCUUGUAGUUUAGACAAACUUGUUCAAAAUUUGAUGGAGGAACAAUUUCAAACAUUAAAAUAUAAUUUUCCAAAUAAUAAUGAUUUUUUACGUCUUAGAAAAAAAGGAAUUUAUCCAUAUGAAUUUAUGUCAUCACAUGAUUCCUUAAAACUUUCAGCACUCCCUAGUCGCGAUAAAUUUUACAAUACAUUAACCGACACACAUAUUUCCGAUGAAGAUUAUGAACAUGCCAAGGAUGUUUGGCAACACUUUCAUUGUCAAAAUAUGUCAGAUUAUUCUGAUUUAUAUCUUAAAACCGAUGUUUUACUUUUAACAGAUGUGUUUGAAAAUUUCCGAGCCUUAUGUUUGCAAACAUAUGGUCUAGAUCCAGCUCAUUAUUAUACAGCACCUGGGUUAAGUUGGGAUGCUAUGUUAAAAUGCACAAAAAUUAAAUUAGAAUUACUUCAAGACUUUGAACAAAUAGCUUUUAUUAGAUCGGGCAUUCGAGGAGGUGUAUCUCAAUGUAGCAAUCGUUAUGCCAAAGCAAAUAACAAAUAUAUGCGAGAAUAUGAUAAAGACACACCAAACUCAUUUUUAACUUAUCUUGAUGCUAAUAACCUUUACGGAUGGGCCAUGUCUCAAUUCCUUCCUACAGGAGGUUUUGAGUGGGUAGAUGUCACAACUAAUUUUGAUGUCCCUGAUGAUUAUGAAUAUGGUUUUAUUUUGGAAGUAGAUCUAGAAUAUCCUAUUGAACUGCAUGAUUUACAUUCUGACCUACCCUUAUGUCCUGAGAAUAUAUGUAUUGGUAAUACAAAAGACAUAAAAUUAGUUCCAAACCUUCGUAAUAAAAUUAAAUAUGUGAUUCACUACAGAAAUUUAAAGCAAUGUCUGACAAUGGGUUUAAAAUUACAAAAAAUUCAUAGAAUUUUAAAAUUCAAACAAUGCGCAUGGUUACAAUAUUAUAUAGAUUUAAAUACAAACAUGCGUAAACUAGCCACAUCUGAUUUCGAAAAAGAUUUUUAUAAAUUAAUGAAUAACUCAGUGUUUGGAAAAACAAUGGAAAAUAUCGAAAAAAGAGUAAAUGUAAAAUUAUUGAGUCAUUGGGAAAAUCAGGGUAAAAUUCUAGGCGCACAAGAUUUAAUUGCUAAGCCAGAAUUCCAUAGUUUAUCUAUUUUUAAUGAAAAUUUGGUUGCAGUUCAAUUACGAAAGACGAAAUUGUUCCAUAAUAAACCUAUUUAUUUGGGAUUUUGUAUAUUGGAUAUUUCUAAAACUCUAAUGUACGACUUUCACUAUAACUAUAUGUUUAAAAAGUUUCAAAACAAAUUAAAAUUAUUGUACACAGAUACUGAUAGUUUAAUAUAUCAAAUUUUUACAGAUGAUUUUUACAGAGAUAUAAAACCUGAUUUACAUUUGCGUUUCGAUACCUCUGACUAUACAGAAAAAAAUAUAUUUGGCUAUCCAAAACUCAAUAAAAAGAAGUUAGGCUACUUUAAAGAUGAAAACAAUGGUAAUAUAUUUAAUGAAUUUGUAGGACUUAGAUCUAAAAUGUAUGCAUUAGAUGUUGAGGGAAAAUUCACAGCUAAAGCUAAGGGGGUUAAUAAAAGUGUUACUAAGAAUAUGAAAAUGGAAAAUUAUAAGACUUGCUUAUUUGAAAAUAAGAACGAAUAUUGUUCAAUGCUUAGAUUUAAGUCAAUAAAGCAUAAUAUUUUUACUCAAAGAAUAAAUAAAUCUAGUCUGUCAUUUAAUGAUACCAAACGGUACAUUUUACCGAAUAAUAUUGAUACAUUAGCUUGGGGUCAUCAUAAAAUAGAAUAAAUAUUAUAUUAAAUUUUAAGAAUAAAUUAUUAUAGUUUUAAAAAACCAAAUGAGAGAUUAUUGUAUUUAGAUGUAUAAGUUGCGGAGUAAAACAUGAUGUACUGUAUAUUGUUUCAAUUAUCGAUUUUUCUGUUUAAAUAAAUGGUGGUUUAAUAACAGAUUGUUUCAUUACUAUACUAAACCUUAACACACAUAGACGUAGUAGAUAAUGCAUCAUUUCAAUCAUCCAUUCACUGCAAUAGUUGCUGGUCCAAGUGGAUGUGGAAAAUCAGUUUUCGUAAAUAAUUUUAUAAAAUUUUUGAAUGAUAUCUGUGAUACAAAUUUUACCCAAAUCACCUGGUGCUUUGAUGAAAUGCAGCCUUUAUAUAAUCUCAACCACAUUAAUUAUCUUCAAGGUUUACCUGAUUUAUCUAUGUUUGACGGAAAAAAUCCUCAACUUGUAAUAAUUGAUGACCUGAUGAGGGAAUCAGAUGGUCGUAUUGUUG